CAGCAAAGACGGACGCCGAUUUGCAGAAAUUCUCUGAAAGUUUGAUUCGUUCUUCUGUUACCGUUACCACUUUCGAAUUUCCAAAGCUAGGAUUUAAUAAACUUCAAGAACGUUUCCACAUUCGUGACGAAAAGAUAUCAGUUAUUAAUAGGAAAUACCAUGAACAAAUCUGGAAUGCUUUUAGACAAGCUGUCGACAAAGUAAAUGCUUCUAGAGGUCUUUAUAUACAUGGUCCUUCUGGUUUAGGGAAAUCGUAUUCCUUGUAUUAUGUUGUUUCACAACUCCGUCUGAAAUCCAACGAGUGUAGGGUGACAUAUAUCAACAGUUGUGAUGUGUGGUGGAACUCUCAUCAGACAGAUCCAUAUGAAUAUUUGUUGAAGGAGUUGAUAUGUACUUUCAACAAAGAUGAACUACCAACAAAGUCUAUAGUUGAAUGGGUUGAAUUUGUGAUGAAAUCUAGAGUUCCUGAUAGGAAGGAACUCUUUUUAUUAUUUCUUAAAGAAUUAACAACAUUUGUCAUAAGCAAAGAUUUAUAUUGGAUUUGGAUCUUCGAUCAACAUAAUGCUCUGUAUAAAUACAACGCCCUUUAUAAAUUUCCCUUUGUAAUUGUAAAAUCACUUUGUACGAGUCUACAAGAUAAUGGUCUCAUCAUAAUUUCAGCAUCGGCUAACAAUGAAGUAUUUCCAAAAGAGUUUAACUCAUGGAAGCAAUUAAAUUUAUAUGGUGGUUAUUGUGAUGAAGAAUUCAAUGAAUGGUGCAAAUUGUAUAAUUAUUAUAUUGAUGGAGAUCCAGAAGUUAAGUCACAGUUGGACGCUAUCAAAUUUUGGACAGGUGCCUAUCCACUGGAGCUAGAUAUGUGGCAUCAGACACCGGGUGAUAAUUUGUCAGAGAAGACUCAAAAUUACUUAGAAAUUCGAAUAAAAGCUAUUGAAUUGAAUCAUCAAACUUAUAGGGAAAGUUUGUCAAUCGAAAGAAAAUUAAGUCUUUCUCAAUGCGUUUAUUCCAUGAUUCUUCAAAUUACUCCUCCUCAAAUAACAUAUGGAAUGGAUCGACAACUGAUGUAUAUAGAUACUGCUUCAGUUUGGGAAGGUCAGAAUAAGGAUAAAGAGGUUAAAGUUAAAACAAUUAUUGCUAUUCACCCACUUGCCAAACUAGCAAUUAUAUAUGGUCAUAAUAAGGAGAUUAUUAAUGGUAUUCAAAUGGUUGCAUCAACGGUUCUUCAAAGUUCAGCGUAUACAAAUGAUGCUAAAGGAAGGGUUGCAGAAUUGUAUAUUAUAACUGAAAUGGCAAUUAAAAGAUUAUUUGAAUUUAAAUGUCGAAAUUUUUCAAGAACAAAAUCUGUUAAAUUCGAUCAGAAAGUUCAAUUUGACAAUGUGAUUAGAUUUACCAAUAAUGAUGUUCCUAUCCAUCUGAAUAAUUUCAAUAUAGAUCAAACAACUUUCUUUAUUCCGGAAUCUCCUACUUAUCCUUUUGUAGAUUGUCUUCUCUGGGAUUCUCAUGAUGAAAUAUUAUUUGCAUUUCAAAUCACUGUCAGUAAGCUUGAAAAGCAUGCAGAUAGCGCAAAAAAUUUUUUGACAAGAAAUAACAACAGCACUUUAAAAAAAUGGGCAACAUUAUGCGACAUAAAUGAAUCUAAUAUAUUUUUUAUUUGGAUUGCUCCUGAUGAUGUUGUUGAAGGAUGUAUUUCAAAAC